AUGUCCGCAGUACCCGUCCAGGUGCUUUCGGCGAUCUACCAGGAGGAUCUCCUCGAAAUGGCGGCGAUUGCCCUGAUCGCGUACGAGUAUAUAAUCACCUUCAAUCAAGAAGUCACAUUGUUUUGGAAACGCAAGCCGACUGGUGCAACGGCGCUGUUCUUCGGGACGCGUUACAUCGGUCUCUUGACCUACUCCUUCCUUGGAGCCGCGACGUACGCGCCCAUGUCUGACAAGGUAAGAGAAUCGACGCAGUCCGCGCGCUCCUUCUCCGGGUUACGCACGCUCGCGUUGAGCAAGAUGAACUACUAUCUAGCAUUCGCGGUCUUCAUCUUCGCGCUCGGCCCGUUCGUGAUUAACCUACACACCAUAUCCUUGGGACUCGUUGGGACGAACAUAGCGCCGUUUGGGUGCGGAGGCGGCGCGGAUCUGACGCAGGCACUGGCUAUCAUGGGUGUCGUCGUAUCGCGUUCGUGCGCGAUUAUUGCGGAUAUCAUCGCUAUCACGGUCACUUGGCGCUCUACGGUGAAUGUACACGGAGUUCUCGCUGGUGACAGACGGUCGUCGGUCGCGAGCACUCUGUUCGUAAACGGUACGAUCUACUUCUUAGUCUUCGUCACUAUGAACACCUUUCACCUUCUGCUCACACUCCUCUCAGUCGUCGACGCCCUCGAACCCGUCAGCCUUGUCACGGUAUUCACAGACCCCCUGGCCACCGUCCUCACCUGCCGCUUCCUGCUCGCCCUGCAGUCGGCGAACCAACAAGCGCUCGGGCAGGGCUCUGCGGAGGAUGGGGAGGACGAUGAGCGCGGAGGCAGUAGCACCCUGCAGUUCGCGUCGAGGAUCAUUGGGUCUAUCGCUGCGUCUAUCCCGGCGGGACACGGGGUGGGUGGGUUUGACGGCGAGGAGGAGGAGAGCGAGGGAGGUGAUCCCGAGGCCGACGAUGGACGGGGCUGUCGGGCGUUGGAGGGCGGAAGGCGGGCGAUGUUGUGGAAUGUUGAAGCUUGUGCGAGCACGCGCGCGCUCAUGAUAUCUGAAUUACCUGUGAACUACAUGAGUAGCUCCCCAUUCUGA